AUGAGACAGUUGAUAGAUAAAUCAACGAUGGCUUCGGCUGUCGAACAAUUAGUGAUUGAUCCUCAAUCACGUUUUCUCGAAAUGAAAUCUGUUCAACCGUAUUCAACUACUGAUGAAUAUCUAUAUGCAAUGAAAGAAGAUCUCGCUGAUUGGCUGUCAAAUAUGUAUCCAAACUGGACGCUAAUGACUGCGGAUAACUUUCUUGAAUGUCUAGAAAAUGGUGCUCUUCUUUGUCAUCAUGCGAACAAUGUCAACGAAGCAGCACGUAAAAUGUCGCCAUCGACAUCGACCUUAACAAAUUGUAAAUAUCGUGUGGAUGCUCGUCCUCAAACGUUCACUGCUCGUGAUAAUGUCUCGCAAUUUAUCAAAUGGGCACGACGUGUCGCCGGCGUUCGUGAAGUGCUUAUGUUUGAAUCGGAUGAUUUAAUUUUGCGUAAAAACGAAAAGAACUUCCUCCUAUGUUUACUUGAAAUUGCUCGUUUCGGCGCCAAAUUUGGUGUUAGCGUCCCAGCUAUCAUCAAACUAGAAGAUGAAAUUGAACAAGAAAUAGCACGUGAUAAAGAACAAACGGAGUACAUAUCUGCAAUAGCAUUGUUGCGUUCACAGCGUGAAGAAAACCAUAAACAAACAGACGAACUUCAUCAGACUCAAACUGAUACAACGAAUCAUGAAGUGAUUUCUGAUCGUGACGAUGUCGACGGCAAUGAAGAUGACGGCUCUUCUAAUACAUUCUCGUUAUCAAACUCAACCAAUGCUAAUUGGUUAAAAGAUCGAUUAACUCAUGUGUCCAUAGUUUCGAACGAUGAAGCUGAUAAGACGAAUAGUAAACACAAACAAACUAAUGAAGAAACAUUUGACAGUGUCACAUCUAAUGAAAUAACCACGACAAUGGUGAUGGCAGACGAUAAUUCACCAGUGGACCAGACAUUAACAAGUGAACGAAAGCAUCCUGUCGAGUCACCGGCAUGUUCUUCACAUUUACAUAAAACAGUUGUACAGAUUGCUAAUUCAUGUUGUUGUUCACAACGCUUUCCAGUUAUCCGUAUUGGUGAAGGCAAAUAUCGCAUCGGUGAAAAUGGUACAAUUAUAUUCAUUCGAAUUCUGAGAAAUCAUGUUAUGGUACGUGUCGGCGGUGGUUGGGAUACGCUGGAAAAUUACUUGAAUAAACAUGAUCCAUGCCGACGAUCAAGUGCUCACCGUCGUUCGGAACAUCACCAAUCCCAUAACCAUUCCGAUAUUCCAAUUCUAGCUGUGCCAAACACAAACAUUGCGCCUAGCACACAAAAAACGAAUCCUUUCGGUAAAUCUGUGACAAUCAAAACCGAAGAAUUUCCAUUACCGAAACCGUCUCAGCACGACACAAAUCUAGCUGAUGCUCAACUUGUCAUCACUCGGGGAGCCGAUGGACGUCAUCGUAUUGGGCAAAUAACCUAUCGAAGUGAAGAAGACAUUCUGAAUCAACCUUCAGCAUGCCCUCAUCACCAUACACAUCAGUAUCGAUCGUCACCAACUCCAAAAAUACGGAAUACUCGCAAUAUAGAUCGUCUAACCCCUUCGUCUAUGUAUAGUAAACAAUCAUCGCCAAGCACAGAUCAAGAUUAUUCAUCGUAUACUGAAACAACACCCAGUAAACCAUCUUCUUCGUCAUCAUUGGAUUCGAAAGAUGACUCUUUUGACCAUUCCAUCAAAUCUUUACAUAUAACUUCAGCCGAAAGACAACCUCCUCGAUAUUAUUCACCUAUCGCUAAAUCUCAUACACAACCACUCAAUCAUUUCAACGAACAAACAUCUCGAUUUACAGAAUCUAUCAUUGGUAACAUCGAUGGUGAUGUUUAUUCCACAACUUUGACAUCAACAGGCGACUUCGAUGCACAAGAUAUUGAUGAUAUCAUGUCUGUGAAGAAGAAGUCGACGAAUGAAAAGGACGAAAUCGAUAUGGAUAAUGACAGUUUGGAGAGUAGCGAAGGUGUUCUCGAGGAAAAGAAACCAGUGUCAAAACCAGCACGGAUAAUAUCGACUACACGAAAAUCGACUGCUACUUCAUCAACAGCUUCUUCGGCGCAAAAACAAACAUUGAACCGUCCGCGAUCAGCUUAUAACCGAUAUUCUUCUCGUUCAAAUACGAUGUCCAAUAUCGCUGAUGCUGUGAAAAAAGAGGAGCAAGUUACUAAACCACAACGGAAACCAAUGGUAGUCGCACAACGGUCCCAAUCAUCGGAUCUACUUGAUAAUUCUAAACUUGACCGUGAUUCUGGAUUUGACGAACAAGAUUUCCAUCGGGAACGUUUGCAUUCCAUUGGCGAUGACAAUUCCAGUGUAUCAUCGCUACGAAGUGCGAAGAGCUCUACGCCACGUUUGAGUACACUUGAAUACAAAGAAAACAAGUCUUAUGAAUUGCGAAUGAAGAAAUUAGAAGCGAUACGUGCGUCAACCGAAAAAUUACGACCAAGUCUGAAUUCAUCGUUGAGACGUGGGAGUGAUUUGAUACCUCCAACCCCAUCUUUACAUAAAUAUCGCAAGAAUAGUCAACCUGUUAUCAAUCUUAAACAGCAGCAGCAGCAAAAAUAA